CGCGAAUGGCGAGGGACCUAGUGGUGCAAGAACGCUUAUUUCCAGCGAACGAUUAGUUAAAUAACCAUGUAUCGUGACUUCAUCCCAUCCCUACCCUCACAUGACAUCGCUCCAACGACUCGAUUGUCAGUCCAAAUAUAUCAUAUAUCCUUCCUCAACCCCCAAAUAAAGCCUCAGAAUUGGGUCGCAAAACCUCCCCGAACACCAUGAGCCCCCUUUCUCCAACCCAACCCCAACAGCCCAGUCAAUCCUAAACCGACACACCUCUGCAAGCUGGCAUGAGCAGAACAGGCCUUCCCAACGGCGGCCCGUCGUCGGGCCGUUCCGAACGAGACUACGGGCCCUACAGAGGGGACAAUGCCUCACUGAGUACCGUGUCGAGCUCAGGGUACGUUUCCUCCCGGGAGCGCCGCGCUGGCGGCUACGGCGGGUUCUAUGAAGGCGGUUCCCCGGCCGCGUCGUCGACCUCAUUACAGAGUUCUGAACAACCUUUCCCCUCGUCCUCCCGCUCGCGACCCUAUGAUACUGAAAGACCCUUGUGGGGUAGUGGCGGCGGUAGAGAUGAAGUAAGGUAUGGAGAUGGUGGGAGGAAUCGGGAUGGCAAUAGGUCCGAUGCUACCUCUGGAAGGAGUGGGCCGCUACCGAUUGACGAUGUCCUCCGGACGAUACAGCAGGAUUGGGACUUUAUGGCCACCGACGACUGCAUACCGGUUCAGGUUGGCUUACAGUUGAUGGACUCAAGUACCCUGGGCAAGGCGGAUCGAGAACCAGAUUUUAUACGGACACAUAAGCAGAUACAAAAAUCUUUGAAAUCGAUUGUCAAUGAACACCACCAGGGUUUCAACAGCUCUAUUGGAACAUACCACACAAUCCAGUCGAGUAUCCAAAGUUCUCAAAAUCGACUUCGAAUGCUUAAGGGGACCCUGAUCGAAGCUAAAGCGGGUUUACUUACAACGAAGCCGGAGUUGAAGGGUCUUGCGACGGCUUCCCAGAAUUACGAUGAUAUACUACAAUUGUUCGGCCAGAUUGAGAAUAUUCAAUCAUUACCGGAAAAACUAGAGGCGCGCAUAUCGGACAAGAGGUUCAUUGCGGCAGUAGAAAUCCUCAAGGAUGCACUACGGCUUGUGAAUAAGUCGGAAUUUGACGGAAUCGGAGGUCUUCGAGAUCUCCGAACGUACUUCAGCAACCAGGAAUUAUCAUUAACGGAUAUCCUGAUCGAAGAGUUACAUGAUCACUUGUACCUCAAAUCUCCGUAUUGUCAAGACCGCUGGAAAUUGACAACCGGCGACGAAGGCAAGGACGGCCCAAGGCAGAUCGGUUUAAGUAGUGGGACAAAUUGGGAGAAACCAGUUUACCAUUUCUUAGCCCAUCUAGACAUGACAACUCCCGUUGCGGAAGACGCAUCACGUAAUCCGGAGGCUGAUACGUUCCAUUACAUCCGUGUGGUCAUCGAGGCGUUGAACAAGAUGGGCAAUCUUGAACUUGCUGUCGAUCGGAUCGAGCAGAGGCUCCCGGUCGAGCUCUUUGCAGUUGUCGAUAAGACAAGUUCAGAGGUCGCCACCCGUUAUCCUGAACACAGGAGAAAUCCACAGUCACGAGACACUACGGUCCAUGGCAUGCCUAACGAACUGGGUGGAGACAGGGGACACGUUCUGUCAGAGUUUAUGUGGAACCUCUAUGCGAAAUUCGAGGCUAUCGCCGAAGGCCACCGCAUCGUGCAUGAUGUCGUUGCUGGUAUUGUAGAGCGGGAGAACAUUCGGAAAGCUGGAUCACUUACAAGUGGUUUCAAGGAAUUGUGGAAACUUUAUCAAAGCGAGAUUCGGUCCCUAUUACACGAUUACCUAGCCACAGAUGGAGAAGUCAGCUAUCGGGCUCCGGCGAAUAUCUCUGAUGAUAAAUACACACCCAACUCCCACAAAAGAGAUAAGACAAAGAAAAUGUUCAAACUCUCCGAAGUGGACGAUAAAUCAUCAGAAAUGAAGGCAGAACAGGACGAGUUAGAGGAGAUCCUAAGGUCGUCAGUGCCCGGCCUCGUGUCGAAAUCGCGACAGAAGACAUCUACCACCGACUCGUCCAGGUCAAGACAAGAAAGCUCUGGAACCGGACAUAAGCUCCUGAUCGAACCCAGUGUUUUCAAUAUGAGCCUACUUUUGCCGCCGUCGCUCUCUUUCAUUCAACGAUUGAAGGAUAUUGUCCCUCUCACUUCAGAUAUUGUCAUGAGCACCCUUACCUCAUUCCUCGACGACUUCAUGAUCAAUGUCUUCCAACCACAGCUGGAUGAAGCUGUAACAGACCUCUGCGCGCUGACUUUUAUUGCAGUGGAUGCAUUUACUGAAGAUCCGCAGUGGACAAGGGUUUCACCACGACCCGUUUUUAAAGGAACAAUUGCUUUCAUGGAGCUCGUCAAAUCAUUUAGCAAAAUGCUAAACAGUAUUCCGCAUGAUCAGGCAUUCACGCAGCUGGUGAUAAACCAGAUCGUAACCUAUUAUGAUAAAUGUUGUGGCAUGUACAAAGCACUGGUUUCGCGGGUGUCUCCUCGGCCCACUGGAGGGGUACAGCCGAAAGCUGCUGCUGGGUACGCUGAAUCCGGCGAAAUUCGAGAGGCUGCCAAAGAGCUGUGGGAAUGUGGCAACGGCAAACGACAGGAGUUGAUCGCCAAAGAAAUCGAUCUUCUCAUAAAAUACACAAACGAAACGCCUCUUGAGCCGUACGACAUCGUUUCAGACCCCAAAACCGUUUUCUCGCUCUCGCUCCUCUACAACAGCAUGCAAUGGCUUGUCAGCAGCCUCUCUCGACUUCGCCACAUAACCAACCACGAAACAGAUUCUAACCGGCGUCAAUCCACAGGCCGAAUGCCUAACACACGGCGCUGGACGCUCCUCUCCUCCGUGAAUCGCAACCGCGACAGCUCCAGCAACCCGAUCCACCUCCCCAUGACCGAAGACUCUGUUCUUGGCUUCGAUACCACACUAGAAUCACUUCAAAACCUCGCCUUAACAGCCUUGCUAACCCUACACAUUGACCUCCGCUGCGGCGCUAUCCACAUGGUCACUCGCAGCCUCGCCAGCAACAACACUUCCCCUUCCGCGCGCUCAACCACCCCCCCAGCCUCCGCUUCAAACACUACAGAGUGGCCGCACGUCCUACCCACACCGCCCUCCUCCGCCUCGCCAGCAAUCAUAGAGCUGAACAACGACCUGAUCUCCUUCGACGCCAACACAGCCACCUACCUCGGCCCGAAGGAAUGCCGCUUCAUAACCUCCGGCCUCGCCCAGCUGAUAGACCGCGCCUUCGUCUCCGCGACACGCUUCAUCGGCGCGAUGAACCACAACGGCGCCCUCCGCCUCCAACUCGACGUGCUAGUCCUGCAGCAGAAUCUGAAAAACAUCAUCGUGCAUCCUCCCCCUUCUCCUCCCACUGCGCUACCACCGCCAUCCUCAUCCUCCUCCACCUCCACCUCCAAAGACACAGAACCAGGACCCCACCAACAACCCCACCAACAAGAAGAAUCAGAACCAGAAGAAGAAAUAAUCGCGCUCCCCCGCUCCGCCAAAUUCCUCGACUGGUUCCUCGACGGCCCUGACAAAGCGCUCGAGCACGCGCACGCUGAGCGCGAAGAGUUCCGGCAACACGGGAGCGAGAAGGCGCUGCAGGCGGGUAAUGGGGAGCCGUUUACGUACGAGGAGCUGAAGGUGCUUGUGGAGCUGUGCUUUUCGGCGAUUCUGAGGGUCCCUGAGGGGAGGGAGAGUGGUAGUUUUGGUAGUACUAGUCGUGAGGACGUUUUGGCGGCGAAGAGGGCGUGUGGGGAUGCGUUGUUGAGGUUGAGUGAGGUUAUGUGGGAUUCGUAGGGCGGAGGGCGGAGGGCAUACGGUGGGAUGGUAGGAAGAGGCGGAGGGGGAAGGAGAAAUGGAGGGAUGUUUGUUGAGUUUGUUGUGUAUGUAUGUACAUGUACGUAUGUGCGCAUAAUAUCUAUAUGUGGGCGAUUUCUUUCCCUUGUUUUUGAUUUCUUUUCCCCCUUCCAUUUUGAAUCUGGGAGAUCCCUGCUCCUCCGUUUGAUCUAACGGUGGUAAAUCAUUCUAUACAGCAACAUAGAGAUAUUGUAUAACCGUAUCGAUGGCUAUAAUCCCUCCCCUACAUCAAUUCUCUUCCGCCAUCAGCCUUUCCUACACAUACCCUCUCUUGUUUCAUCUUUCUUGUCCGUAACCACAGCACGGCUCCACACACAGCUUGAAAAUAAAUAUAUAUCAUAACCUAUUUGCUAAAACUAUUUAACUAAAGAAAAAUAAAGCUAAAGCUGAAGAUAGAGAAGCUUAAAACAUAAAUGACAAAAUAUCACGCCCCCUACUCAGUUAGGUUAAAUCAAAUGAAUUAAUUGAAUUAAUC